AUGGAUGCUGAUUUAGUAAAAAAAUUACAAAAGCGAAUUCAACGAAUUGAAUCAGUGGAUGAAAAUGAGAAUGAUCCAUCAACUGAUGCAGAACCAACACUCGCACAACCAUUAGAUAUGUCAGAUGAUAGACAAAUAUUUAAUCCAUGUAAUGAAUAUAAAGAAUUUUCAAGAAGACAAAUACAAGGUUUAAUGCAAACAUUUGAUAAACUUGAUACAGACAAAGAUAAACACUUGAAUUUUAAUGAGCUUAAGUAUAUGAUGGAAAAAUUGGGUAUACCUCAAACACAUCUGGGGUUGAAAGAAAUGAUUAAAGAAGUGGAUGAAGAUCAUGACGGAAUGAUCUGUUUUCGCGAGUUUCUUCUCAUCUUUCGCAAAGCAGCAUCGGAAGAUACACCAGUUGAAUUGGUUUUACACCAAUUAUAUUCAAUGUUAAUGGAAAUUGAUGUGUCUAAAGAAGGUGUUGGAGGUGCAAAAAAUUUUUUUGAAGCAAAAGCAGCUGCACUAACAGCAGUCGGUGAUAAAUAUCAGCGUGAGAUUCGUGAAGAACAAGAACAACGAAAACGUGAAGAAGACGAUAAACAACGACGAAAAAUGACAUUUCAAAAUCGAUUGGCCCUAUUCCAGUCAUAG